AUGCCUCUGCUGGGCCGCGUUCUCUGUCUGCUCGCCGCUUUGGCGAACGCGCUCGUCCUCGCGUACGACUCGUCGUUCGUCCAGCUGAUCGACGACGCGGUCACCGUGCUGUUUCCACCGGUCAGGCUGUCGGCGUAUCUCUGUCAUCUGGACCAAGACGAGACGAUCCGACUCUCGAGACUGAUGUCGAGAAGGGGCCUCGCUCACGAGGUGCACGCCGAUCUCCAGGGGCUCGAGGCACGAACGGACCGCGACCUUUGGGAUCAUCGAGUCUUGUACGUGCUGGACCUGGACUGCGACUACGCGGUGCCACUCUUACGAGCGGCGAACGCGAGCGGCAUGUUCGCCGCGCCGACCAGGUGGCUGCUGCUGCAGCGAGAUCGAACGAUCGGCGAGAGAACGUUGUUGCGAGACAUGGCCGUGUAUCCCGACAGCGAGGUGACAGUGGCCACCAGGUGGCUCGAGGCCGAGGGUGGCUCGAUCGCGUGGCAGAUAACGUCCCUCUACAGACCUAGCCCGUUUCGCGAGCUUCUGACGGAGAACCGAGGAAGCUGGACGGCCGAUGGUGGCGUUCGCGCGAUCGAUCUUCGCCCGACGUCGCGACGGAGGAGAGAUCUUCGACAAACGCCCUUGAAAUCCUGCCUCGUGAUGACCGAUCCCGAUACCAUCAACCACUUAACCGAUUACGAAAAUAAGCACAUAGAUCCAAUUACGAAGACCAACUAUCCUUGGGUGCUGCAUAUAGCGAGCCGAAUGAACGCAACCAUCGAGUUCCGCGUGACGGACAGCUGGGGAUACCGGGACAAGAACGGGACGUGGAACGGCAUGACGGGGAUGUUGCAACGUCGUGAGAUCGACAUAGGAGGCACCGGGACGUUCUUUAUUCCACAGCGUAUCGGGGUAGUGGACUAUAUACAACUUUACACGCGCACCACCGCGUGCUUCAUCUUUCGUCAACCUCUGCUGUCCACCGUCAGCAACAUCUUCACGCUGCCGUUUCAACGGUCCGUCUGGAUAGCGAUCGGCGUGUUUCUCCUGCUGGUGCUCGCGUUGCUCUCCGUCUCGGCCAAGUGGGAGUACCGUCGAGGCGCGUCGGCCAACAGCGCCGAAUACUGGCAGCAGUUCCAUCAGAGCGAGCAAACGCUCAGCGAUAACUUUAUGGUGGUGUUGGGAGCCAUCGCGCAACAGGGUGAGCGAGAAAAUUCGAAUCGAGUCGAGUAG